UUUAAGAAACCUGGGAUUCCUGGGAAAACCACGAGAAACGUUCGUAAUGGCGGAAAGGGUAGAAACUGAUAAAGUAUGUGUCGAUACAAAUUGUCUCUCAUCGCCGUGAGUGGAGACGAGUGAAACGAACGUUCAAAUUACGCUGUGCCGAGAGUUCUCCUCGGAGACACCAAUCGUUUUGUGAGAUUCGUCGUAUACUCACCGCCACACAAUGAUGAAUCAUCGCAGACGUAGCAACAAUUUCACGUACGUUAGUUCGUGCGUGAAGUACAUGAUCUUCAUGCUGAAUUUCGUCUUUUGGCUGUUUGGUGGACUGCUAAUCGGCGUAGGUCUCUAUGCAUUUGUGGAUAAAUGGCAGGCAACUGGAUCUGUCAGGGUAGAGAACGUCUACGAUGUAGUCUUGAACAUUUCUCUGGUGAUGCUGAUAGCUGGCGGAGUAGUCUUUGUUGUUAGUUUUGCAGGAUGCGUAGGAGCCCUUCGUGAAAAUACAUGCCUUCUUAAAUUUUACUCGUUAUGUCUUUUGGUGUUCUUCCUUUUGGAGAUGGGGGUGGCGAUCGUUGGUUUUGUAUUCCCUCACACAUUACAGUCUCUUUUGGAAGAGUCGUUCACGGACAAAAUAAUUCAGACGUACAGAGAAGAUCCAGAUCUGCAAAAUUUCAUCGAUUUUGGCCAACAAGAAUUCAAGUGUUGUGGUUUAAGUCAAGAAGGAUACUUAGAUUGGGGAAAGAAUGAAUAUUUUAAUUGCACCAGCCCUAGUGUAGAACGUUGUGGUGUACCGUUCUCUUGUUGCAUAAACGCUACUGAUAUAUCCAGCGGACUUGUAAAUAUAAUGUGCGGCUACAAGGUCCAGAUGUUACCAGUGUCAGAAGCGAGUAAAAAGGUGUGGACCAGUGGAUGUAUCGAGAUUGUACGUAGCUGGGCGGAACGUAAUCUUUACACUAUAGCUGGCAUUGCUCUAGGCAUUGCGCUCAGCCAGCUCUUUGUGAUCUACCUUGCAAAAACGCUGGAGGGUCAGAUCGAGCUGCAGAAGUCCCGCUGGCAUUCCUGAGCUUGACUUCAGGCCACCUACCGUUACCAGAUACAUUCUGCGGCCAAUAGGCAGGUGGCCAGUGGCGGACGAUCGCGCGGUUCGCAGGACACAGAGACAAAUAUAAACGCGCGAAUGGCAUUGCUCGUCCUUUUCGCGAUCUCUUUAUACAUACUGUGCAUUUUGUCCCUCAUCAAACUCGUUCUUUAUUUCAAGAAUUUCUUUCACAUGUACGUGAGUAAAGGAUAAUACGUCAUCGGCGGUCGACAAGCCUUCGUACGCUAGAGAAUACGUUCGUGAUAAGAGGCAUCGAUAAAAAUCUUGCAUAAAGAUAUGUACACAUGCGGGUGCAGAAAUGGUGUCCUGUGCGUUUACAAAAGCUCUUUUUUUUUAAUUCUCAGGAAAACAUACCUUCUCGCUUAUCUUGUGUAGUUAAUUGCAUGACUCAAAUGCUUGCGCUUGCAUCGGUGAGUUACGUGCGAUCAUGUUCUUGUGAAUGUUGCACGGGACACGAUUAAUGCAUUUGUCUGAUAACAUGCGACUGGUAACUCGAAUUAAAGACAAAAGUGAGAGAGAUAUUUAAUUCCAUGAUAAAUUUUGUAAUAUGUAUUUCAUGAACAUGUUACAAUGUGUUACAUUACAUUGCAUUAGUUACAUAAUAAUGUUAUAGAAAAAUCGCUGGAUUUCAUGAUAAUAUUCGUUUCUCGAAUGUUAUUUCUUCCACGAGCCAAUUUUUAAAUUUGCAUUUCUUUUCUUUUUACCACAAUUUCAAUGUACUUUGUGCAAUAUAUAGAGGCAAUUUGCUUAAAUUAAGAUAUUCAGAUCUGAUAUCAUCUUGUCUUUCUAGCGUGAGAUAGUUCGUUACAGUGUACAAUUCCAUCAUUUUCAGCACAUUGACACAAAGUUGUUUUAAUGGUAAUAUUGAUGUACUACUAUUAAGGCCCAAUUUUUCAUUAUUUGGUGUGGUUAGGCUUAAUCUGAUGUUUCACCCAUGACUUCAUCAUCAUAGAUAAGAUCCAGUAAAUAUAGUCUAACCAUAAGUUAACCAGAAAAUGAAAAUCCGGGCCUAACAAGUGACAUAGCUUAUUUCAUAAAUCCCGAAGCACAAUAGGUGUAGUAAACUUUAAGUCGUAAGAUAUCGUUCAAUCACAGUCGAAUAUGAAGAAAAUUAUCGAUUAUAAUUUGUUUUUUUUUUUCGGU